CCCUGCGGUCAGGGAUUGCGCUGCCUUGGCUCAGAAGUACACCACUGCUCCUGCCGUUAUCUUAGAGCCAAGAUUUAGCCGUGGUACUAUAUAGCACACGACAAUUUCUAACAUCUGCUUUCCGUCUUUCGCACCCUUCCGAACCAUGUCGGCCACUGAGAAGAGCUCCCUGGACGAGAAGCCUGAGUACGAUGCUGAGAAGCAGGCAGCUCCACCUGCUAUAGCUAUUGCCGAGUUCGAUGACCCCAAUCUCGACAAAGACGCUCUUAUACUCGAGGACGAUUCGCCUUAUCCCGAGGUACGAUCCGCCGUAGCUAACACGGACGACCCGUCUAUUCCCGUCAAUUCUCUACGUGCAUGGGUCAUCGGCAUCAUCUGGGCGAUCAUAAUUCCCGGCUUGAAUCAGUUCUUCUUCUUCAGAUAUCCCUCCGUUUCUGUCUCCGCUGUUGUCGCGCAACUACUAGCGUUCCCGAUUGGGCGACUCUGGGCUCGGGUUGUUCCCAAUGUCAAGGUCUUCGGCAUAUCUCUGAAUCCGGGGCCCUUCAACGUGAAAGAGCAUGUCCUUAUUACGAUAAUGGCGACCGUUGGGUGGCAAUCGGCGUACGCGACGGACAUCAUCGCAGUCCAACGGGUAUACUACAACCAAAACUUCAACUUUAGUUACCAAUGGAUGGUUGUGAUGAGCACUCAAUUAAUCGGCUUCUCCAUUGGAGGUAUCGCUCGUCGUUUCCUAGUUGCCCCGCCUUCUAUGAUUUGGCCUAACUCGUUAGUCAACUGCGCCCUUUUCAAUACACUCCAUGCCCAGCAGUACGCAGGCAUGGGUACCCGCGGUGGUAUAUCUCGCGAGCGAUUCUUCCUGUACGUAUUCAUUGGAGGAGGGUGUUGGUAUGUGCUCCCGGGGUACCUCUUCACCGCUCUGAGCACGUUCUCGUGGGUGUGCUGGAUUGCGCCGAAUAAUCUUGUCGUCAAUCAGUUAUUCGGUUAUAUUUCCGGUUUGGGCAUGUCUACAAUCACGUUCGAUUGGGCUCAAAUUGCAUACAUCGGAUCGCCACUGGCCACUCCUUGGUGGGCUAUUGCAAAUGUGGCUACUGGGUUUGUGUUCUUCUACUGGUUCCUCGUCCCCGUUUUGUACUACACAAAUACUUGGUACUCCAAGUAUAUGCCAAUUUCAUCCCGCACGUCGUUCGACAAUACCGGGAACACAUACGACGUCUCGCGGAUCGUUACACCACAGGCUACCCUGGAUGUUGCGAAGUACGAAGCAUACUCCCCUCUGUUCUUAUCUACUACGUUCGCCUUGUCAUAUGGGAUAUCCUUCGCAUCCAUCACCGCCACUUUAACUCACACGUUUUUGUAUUUCCGCAAGCAAAUAUGGAUUCAAGCUCGGCGAUCGCUGCACGAACAAGCAGACAUCCACGCCCGCUUGAUGUCCAGAUACCCCCAAGUCCCAGAAUGGUGGUAUGCAAUUAUUUUCGCUGUGAUGUUCAUUUUCGGCGUUGUGUCCAUUGAAAUGUGGGAUACGGAAAUGCCGGUAUGGGCGUUUGUAUUUGCCCUGGCCAUCGGCUUCUUCUACACCAUUCCUGUUGGCAUGAUCCAGGCUAUCACUAACCAACAGGUCGGACUGAAUGUUAUUACCGAACUCAUCAUUGGAUACGCCCUUCCAGGAAAGCCCGUGGCCAUGAUGAUGUUUAAGACAUGGGGUUACAUUACCAUGACGCAGGCAUUGCAAUUCACGAAUGACUUCAAACUUGGUCAUUACAUGAAGAUUCCGCCACGUGCGAUGUUCACCGCGCAAGUGAUUGCUGCUGUCAUCGCUGGUACCGUACAACUAGGUGUCCAAGCAUGGAUGUUCACGAACAUUCAAGACAUUUGCACCCCUCACCAGAAAGACCGAUUUAUUUGCCCCGGAACGCAGGUAUUCGGUACCGCCUCUAUCAUUUGGGGCGUCAUUGGUCCGGCUAGGCAGUUCUCGCAUGGUCAGAUCUACUAUGGCCUUCUUUUCUUCUUCCUUGUUGGUGCCGUUGCACCUGCAGUCGCAUACAUAAUCCAUCUGAAGUGGCCGGACUCCAUCAUCAAGUAUGUCAAUUUCCCCGUCAUAUUUAGUGGCCUCGGUAUGAUCCCUCCCGCGACUGCGGUCAACUACGUGCCUUGGACCAUCGUCGGCUUCAUCUUCAACUAUGCUAUACGUCGUCGCCAUUUCGAUUGGUGGUCGAAGUACAAUUAUGUUCUUUCUGCUGCUCUGGACGCGGGAGUGGCUGUCUCUAGUGUCCUCAUCUUCUUCUGUCUGCAAUACCCCCUUGGUGGCGCCAUUGGGGAGAAUUCAAUUGCAAAGUGGUGGGGAAACAAUGUUUACGUCAAUACGUUGGAUGCAGAAGCAGAAGCCUUCUACAAGCUCGCUCCAAACGCUACUUUUGGCCCCACGAUUUGGUAAAGUCUCUGGAAACGUAGUUGCAGGUAUCUGAAUGAUAUAUGGCUUUUUACGAAAUCAUCAUGUCUGUGUAAUAUUACAUAGUAGUUUCCUUCCUGUGUCUUUAUUUUGUAGCAAAGGGAUGUGUACUAAUCUGUCAGGUGUAAAAAAAAGUCUAUGUACGAAGGAACGAUUGUCCUCCGACAGUAUCUAGAGGCUGGAAGCGAGCGUAGUAA